CCCGGAGCGGACGGAGCGGACGAUCCGCCGUUUGAUGGCUUGAAAACGGGGGGGAAUAAGUGUGGAUCACGUCGGAUUAUUCGCGCUCACACACACACACACACACGAGCCCAGGACGGUGGCAGGAGCUGGACUGGAUGUGGAUACGGAUGAAGACAUGAGCGGAGUGUGAGUCAGGCUGUUGCGGCUCUGAAGCGGCUGCGGACCCGGGCACCGACAGCUCGGAGGCAGCCUGAGAGAAGCACCAGAGCCGCCGCGACACCAGCGAGCGAACUUGGCUCCUCUCUCUUCCCGGUGGGAGGUGUCUGUUAGUCCGCUGUGCCGCGUCCCGCUCCCAGUCUCCCUGCUCGGACCUUUUAAUGAGGACAGGGACACAACCGAGGGGACAUUUUCUGUAAAUAUCGUCUUUUUCUCUCUUGUUUUUUUUUUUAAAGCAACCAACUGUGGCUUUAAUGUGACGCACUAACAGACGUUAGCUCUGUGUCGGAGCGGACCCCCACUGCAGAGGAGUUCCAGGCUUCUUCAUCAAGUUUUACCCUCAACACAGUGCACACCGAUGUAAGAGCAAGAAGAACAGAAGAGAACAAAGCUGGGCCAGGCCAGGCCAGGCCAGGCCAGGCCAGGCUAGGCUAGCCUUCUGUCUGGCCUCACCAGCUUCCUGUCCUCAGUGAGCUUAGGAGGCUUCAGUCAGUUCAGUCAAGUCAAGCUGUAAAAGACUGGAUUCCAACCCUGUUUCAUCUUAGCCUUCACAAGGCCACAGUGGUCUGCUAGAUCUCCAAUUCUUCCAUGUCAUGGUGGUUGCUCUCUGGAUGUUGGCUGCAGAAUGGAUUCAGGUGUUAAUUUGACAGGUGUCACGUCAUUGCAGUGCUUGCACUCUCCCUCCUCUGACUGCCUUUCGUCCCCUCCCUCCCCAGUCUUCAAGAGAAAGCCCCUCAGCCUCUCCUGGGGCUUCCCUGAGCCCUGUACAGAAGGGCCCAACAGGAACUGUCAGUUUUCUUGUUGAAACAAGUUGACAUUGCAAAGGGGAAGUGGAGUUCAUAAAUUCUUCAUUUAAAAAAACAAAAAAAAACUACAGAACAUAACACGGAUUACUGUAGUCAAUUGAUAUAUUUUUUCUAACCUGCCCACUUUGCUUUUAGUUUGAUCGGAGGUUUUCAUUUGAAACAGGAGCUUGCUGGUCAAGAUUUGCACCAACAAUCAGUUUACAAUUAGGUUAAUGUGAUUACUAAUUUUAAAAAAUAAUUCCUUAUUUAUACAUAUAGAAUUUUUCUCUUGUGUUCUGAGCGUCAGGCGGGAUGUCUGAAAGCAAUAGCAGCAGCAAAGCGGUGAAAUUCAUUGCCCCAGACCCCCCUCCUCCCUCUGCCUCUGCCUGUCCAUCACCACAGACCCCUCAAAAGAAUGUGAAUGGCUCUGCCAGUUCAGACUCGCAUGUGGUGGAGAAGCUCGGUGGAGUCACGGAGGUCCCACGCCGGCGCCACACGAUGGAUAGAGACUCUAAAACAGCGGAGCACCGCUUCUUCCGUCGCAGCGUCAUUUGUGACUCCAACGCCACAGCUUUAGACCUGCCCAGCAAAGCAGCUGUGAUACUGACCUCACCUCCAGACUGUGAAGGGUCGCCCAUCUUCUUCACUCCACAGCCCCCAGGGCCUGGACCUGGGGUGUGUGAUGAUGAGGUUGAGAGAGGUUCCUAUUUACAAAGCAGUACCCGUCAUCCUUGUCUUGGGGUUAGUGGGGCUGUUGAAGAAGGACAUGUACAAAACACUGAGGAAGAUCUAGUAGAAGGCAGUGUCACAGUUCCAGUUCCCACCAGUAGCAGUGUUGAACAUACAGAUGAGGCAGAGAAAGUGUCCAGCCCGACAGUAUUGGAUGUUACAGAAAGCACAGCAGCCAAACAGCCUGACGUAACAUUGACACCCAGAGGGUCCGCGAACACACAACAGGUGGCAAAAGGUGGAAAAGUGAUCGAACAUGUAGAAGGGAGCAGCGUUAGUAGUCCGGCUGAAGAGAAGGAGAGGGAGACGGAGGAGGAGAAGGGUCUAGCUAAAGCACGAGCCGAGCUGAGAGAAGCUGAGAAACGAGUGCAGGAGGAUAUAGAGGAGGUAGAGACAAAAGCUGUGGGGACUUCACCAGAUGGACGCUUCCUGAAAUUUGACAUUGAGAUUGGAAGAGGCUCCUUCAAGACGGUCUACAAAGGACUGGAUACGGAGACGACGGUGGAAGUGGCGUGGUGUGAACUCCAGGAUCGCAAGCUGUCAAAGUCGGAGCGGCAGCGCUUCAAAGAGGAGGCUGGGAUGCUGAAGGGUCUCCAGCAUCCUAACAUUGUCCGCUUCUAUGACUCGUGGGAGGGGCCAUGCAAAGGAAAGAAAUGUAUUGUUCUGGUCACCGAGCUCAUGACGUCUGGCACGCUAAAAACCUACCUGAAGCGUUUCAAGGUGAUGAAAAUCAAGGUGCUGCGUUCUUGGUGCAGACAGAUCCUCAAAGGUCUUCACUUCUUGCACACCCGAGCCCCGCCGAUCAUUCACAGGGACCUGAAAUGUGACAACAUCUUCAUCACGGGGCCCACGGGCUCCGUGAAGAUAGGGGACCUGGGAUUAGCCACAUUAAAGAGGGCCUCCUUCGCCAAGAGUGUCAUAGGCACCCCAGAGUUUAUGGCUCCAGAGAUGUACGAGGAGAAGUACGAUGAAUCUGUAGAUGUCUACGCCUUCGGGAUGUGUAUGUUGGAGAUGGCUACCUCAGAGUACCCCUACUCUGAAUGUCAAAAUGCUGCUCAGAUCUACAGACGGGUUACUAGUGGGGUGAAGCCUGCCAGUUUUGACAAGGUAGCCAUUCCUGAGGUGAAGGAAAUUAUAGAGGGUUGCAUCCAAACAAACAAGGAUGAGAGGUAUGCCAUAAAGAUCCUGCUGAACCAUGCAUUCUUUCAGGAGGACACAGGGGUCAGGGUUGAAUUGGCAGAAGAGGACGAUGGAGAAAUGAUUGCCAUCAAACUUUGGCUGAGAAUAGAGGACGUCAAGAAACUUAAAGGCAAAUACAAAGACAACGAAGCCAUUGAGUUUUCUUUUGACCUGAAUAAGGAUUUGCCUGAAGAUGUGGCCCAGGAAAUGGUUGAGUCUGGCUACGUCGCUGAGGGUGACCAUAAGACCAUGGCCAAGGCAAUCAAGGACCGUGUGUCUCUGAUCCGGAGGAAGAGGGAGCAGAGGCAGCUGGUGCGGGAGGAGCAGGAGAAGAGGAAACGGGAGGCAGAGCAACAUCUGCAACAACAGCAGCAGCAACAGCAGCAACAACAGCAACAACAACAGCAACAACAACAACAGCAACAACAACAGCAACAACAACUGCAGCAACAUCUGCAGCAACAAGAAACACUCAAAACCUCACACACACAGGCCGAGGUGGAAGAGACUGAAGCGUUGCAUCAGCAGCUUCACUAUCAGCAGACCGGCAUCUCACACACAUCUGAAGGAGGUAUGGACAGCGGCCAGGGUUCCUCUGUUUUCUCUUCCGACUCCCCCCACCUUGGUCAGCUAACCAUGUCGUACAGCUGCCCUCCUUCCUCCCAGCCCCCUUCCCAGCCCCAGACCCCCUAUCCCCUUACCCCAUCUGCCAACACACAGCAACAUCCAGGCUACGCCCAGCCACCGCAGCCAAUGCAGCAUUCAAUGCCGCACCCCUACAGUGGAGGAACAAGCGCAGGAGGAGGAGCAGGAGGAAACAUCCUCCUCCCAACUCAUCCUGACCCUGCUAUUUUCUUCCCCUCCAUCCCUGAACGCCCCAUUUCCUUCUCGCCUCCUCCCACUGGGCCUCCAAAGGCCUACAACACCCAGCGACGCAAGAGCACGUCAAUUCUAGAGGCCCACACCCGCCACUUCCAGCCUGCUUACGCUCGCUAUGGGAGCAGCCUACACCCCUUUUCUGGGAUGGAGGGUGUAGAGACUCCCUCUCUCUUUAUGGUGAACCCUGGUUUUGCAGCAGCUGCUCAAAGACUUGGUGUGGGGGAGCCACUGCAUCUCCCAGGGCAGUCUGACCCGAGUCUAUAUGGUUACAAAGACAUGAGAGCAGAGCAUGAGGAAGUAGUGAGGAGAUUAAGUCUAAAUCAAGCUGCCUUAUUGGACCAUUAUGAAGCAAUGGCUUAUGGUGGAUACCCAAUGACUACACACCAGCUUGGUCACUUGAGCUACCAUCAGCAGAGGCAGGCAGCAGCUGCUGCUGCUAGUUUGGGUUUUGAUCCUGGUCCUCCACCUCAACCAGGCUUCUUGCACCCUCACCUCAUGCAAAGAAUGAGUACACACAGUCCAAUGCCUUCUCCUUUACCUCCAAUGAGUGCAUCCACUGGUGGCUCUGUUUCCUCUUCAUCAUCUGAAGGCUGCUAUCCUCCAGCGCAGCAUGGAACCCCGUCUGCCUUCCCUAUUUCUGCACCUCCAGUAAUGGCUGAAGCCCCACCAUCUACUGGAAGUGUUUUUGAGUUUCAUUUAGCUGCUGCAGCUGCAGCUGCUGCUGGAGACCCAAGCCUCCUGGCAUCCAGACUUUACAGGGCUCGGAGAAGCUCCAUGGACCUCCCUCUGGAAGACAACACCGGACCUGGCUCAGGUGGUUCAGGCACAUACAGCCGUCUCCAGCCAGUGACAGAAGAGCUGUACACUUACGUCAGCCCAGAGCUCCCCUUACCUCCAGGAAGUCUUCUUCUUCACCACAUGGGCAUAACCAUGAAGGACAGAAGCCCGGAACCCUCUAGCGACUCUUUGGCCUCCUCAGACGCAGGAGAAUUCCAAUCACCUCCUCCCCCACUUCACCCCCCCUCAUUUGACUCCUCAGCUGCUCAGUCCAUCCCUCACUCAACCACCACCACGUUCUUCGAUUCAUCAGGGGGAGUGCUCCCCAUAGAUCCCCAGGGACAUCCACCUUCCAUGCAGAGCUUUCUCCCUCCCACCCCAUCCUCCGAGCUCCCACUUGGGGGAACAUCAUCAACUCAUCUGGAGUCUCUGAUCCAGAGUGCCUGGGCCCGACAUGGAGGGGUGGUACCAGCACAAGCCGAUAUGACAUACCAUGAGUCAUUGCUGGCCAUGCAGGCUGCUAACCCCACUCUGCAGCAGAUUCAGGCUCCCACCCCCCAGCCCUCGCCAGGACCCCCCAUUGUCCCUGCCACCUCCCAGUCAGUGCCCCCUGGGACCUCCCAACAAGUCAUUUCAUCCAGUCAGAGCAGUACUUCAGUUCAGAGUCCCACACACACAACUCUGCCGCAGGCAUCUGCACAGCCCAGUGUUACUCCGUCUACUUCUACGCACCCUUCUCCUUCGCCAUCCCUUCCUAUUACCAUGCCGACAGCGGUUGUGGCUUCCCCACCUUCUCCUCUGCCCCUCUCUGUUGGAGUGGUGCCUCCUAUUGUUUCCCCUCCUCCUCCUGUGCCUCAACCAUUGGCCACCAUGGUGCCAAUCAUCAGCGUAGUCACCGCCCCACCUGACACUCCCAUGGAAGCCCCUCCCCAGUCCGUCUCUCAGUCUUCCGAGCUGUCCCAGUCCCAGCUGCAGCCACCUCAAGUUCUCUCAUCUAUAGAGAGUGGCCACUCUGAAAUGUCAGGUCUGAGUGAUGGCAACGAGGGGGGAGGAGGUCGCCACGAAGGGCGCUCCACCAAGAGACAUCAGAGACGUUCUGUGCGAAGUCGAUCGCGCCAUGAGAAGAUCUCCAAGGCGAAACUCAAUGUCCUCAAUAUCUCCAGCCGAGGAGACAGGGUAGCAGAGUGUCAGCUGGAGACUCACAACAGGAAGAUGGUGACCUUUAGGUUUGACCUGGAUGGCGACAAUCCUGAGGAGAUUGCUCAGAUCAUGGUCCAGAGUGAGUUCAUCCUGGAGAGUGAGAGGGAGUCAUUCAUUGAACAGGUCAGGGAGGUGAUAGAGAACGCUGAUGAGAAGGGUCUGGAGAGAGACGCAAACAGCCAGAUACCCGGUGGCAUGGAGCAGCAGAUUCCUGCCAUAUCUGUCCCCAUGCCAGACAUCCCUCCCAGUGCAACAGCACAAGUGGUUCAUUCAGCAGGUCGGAGGUUCAUCGUCAGCCCCGUACCUGAAGCCCGGCUGAAGGAACAUAUGUUUCCCACCACUCCUCCUCCUACUGCCACUGCACCUUCUGCUGAAACAGUUCCUCCAGGUUCAGCUCUAUCUCAGACCCCGGGCCAAGGUUUGGGGUUGUCCCAGUCUGCAGGAGCAAUCAGCUUACAACAGGCCUUCUCCGAGCUCAGACAGAACCAGAAUCAGUUCGAUUCAGGACCCAGCACCGCCCCAGCCUCCAUUCACUCCACCCAUCCUUCUCUACAGCCUUCGGCUGCCCCUGUCCCUUUACAGGCUAGCACUUUUUCCUCCACUGCUGAUAUUACUUCUGGUCUUGUCCCCUCAAAUUUAACCAAGGCACAGGAGCAGGUCAUGGAUGCCUCACUUCCUCCUCAUUCCUCCUCCCCCUCUGCUGUCCCUGUCUGUAUCAGUCCUCCCUGUUCCUCCUCUCCUCCUCCGACUGUGGUGAACCAGUCCAUCCUCCAGUUGCAGCCCGGGACGCAGGCUGUGUCCCAGCUCCAGGGACAAGCACAAAUUCAGCCCCAGGCUUUCACCCAUCCUCAGUCCCAAUCAGUCUUUGCUGUCACUGCUACUUCAGUACCUUCCACUUUACCACCGGCGAGCAUCUCCAACAUCGCCUCAACAAUGCUCACCUCUCCUCCCCCUGCACAGACUGUUCCUCUUGUAUCCUCCCCUCCUUCCUCCACUCUCACAGCCAGCGAAGUCUCCUCCAAUCAUCAGUCCGUCUCUUCCACCUCGUCCUCCACUCCUUCGCUCUCUUCUUCGGCCAUCCACACUACCGCCAUCCCAGGCCCCCAAAUCACUCCCUCUGCUGCCUCCCACACCACUCCACCUAUUCUCUCAUCUUCCUCCUCUCCUGCGGGGCUUCAGCCAGUGACCACAAACGUUCCUUCAGUCCAACCAACCUUGGUUCACUCCCAGCCACAGACUGCAGCCCUGCCUGGGCAGACACAUACACACUGUGGAGAAUGCGAUGCAAGGUGUGAGGCGUCAGCUGAGUCCCAAGGCAAACCGGAUGACAUCCAAGUUCUGGAGAAGAAGCUGCGCUCUCUCUUCAUGGACCUUGGCGGAGGAGUGCCCUCCACCCAGGGAGACAUCUUAGCUGCUGACACUGCCUCUGGAUCUGUGGCAGGUACCUCGUCCCCAUUGGGGCCCAGCUCUACCUCCACCACAUCUGUUACCACACCUGGCUCCUGUCUGCCAACCAAUCCUCUUCAGCCCCCCUCCAGCUUAGCGAUAGGGUCAGUGGGGUCACCUGGACCUGGGACACCUAUUUCCACCCCUGCACAGACGGUUAUCCCUGCCUCAUCCUUUAGCCAGACCACUCCAUCUAAAACCCCCUUAUCCAGGGUGCCGGCCAGUUCAUCUCCUUCAGAACUCCUGCCAUCCUUCCCUGGACCUUGUGUAAUGCAGUCCCAGCAGCCUCUGGAGGACCUAGAUGCACAGUUGAGGAGAGCACUGAGUCCAGAGACUGUUCCUGUCAGCACACAAUCACAAGCCUCUCACAGUGGUUUUACUGCAGUGGGACCGCCAGUACCCUUUUCUCUUGAUGAGGACACUGUGUCCUCUCCUGCUCCUUCUCCUGCAAUUAAACUUGGAAGAUUUCAGGUCUCACUUGCCACUGAAGAGCCUCCAGUCCGACACCCGGCCUGCACUGAAUCGUCCUCCACCACCUCCUCGUCUUCGUCCUCUUCCUCCUCAUCCUCCAGUCUCUCCAGCCCAGAAAACACACUGCAUAAGGACACCUUGUCUCCUCUGAAAGGGGGAGGAGAACAAGGAGGAGACAUUGUUGACGGACUCCCCCAAAGGACAGUGACAGGAUCCCACCAACCCUCGCCCUUCACCUCCCCUUGCCCGUCUCCUAAGCCCACUACUACAAUAGGACGCUUUCAGGUCACCACCAACCCAGAGGCUCGUGUCGGUAGAUUCUCGGUCAGUCGUGCCCAGGAGCAGAGCCUUGAGCCCAGGCAGACCCCUCUACCCGCUGCCCAAGCUGCUAACGGACCCAGCGAACCCAGGCAGAUUUUGACCCCAGACUCAACUCAUAAAGCCUCCCUGCCAAGCUUAAACAACUCCUUCAAUAACUCCUACAUCAGCAGCGAUAACGACUCCGAAUUUGAGGACGAAGACUUCAAAUGUGAAGUCAGCCGGCUCAGAGAAAAGCACAUGCGUGAGAUUCAGGCCCUCCACUCACGUCAGAAGGAGGAGAUAGACAGCCUCUUUACCAGGCUGGGAAAGGUUCCUCCGGCUGCAGUGCUCCCUCCAGUUAUAGCUUUGACUGGCAGGAGGAGACGACCUACCAAAAGUAAAUCCUCCAAAUCGUCCAGAACCAGCUCUAUGCACGGCAGCAAGAGUCCGUUACAGCCAGGCAGCACUUUAUCCGCCCAGAGCGUCCCGACCAUGUACCCCGGGCAGCUGGCUCUGUUAGCCCCAGGAGGAUUAGCUGAUUCGGGCAGCAGCACUCUGCCCCAGCCCCUCAAACCCUCUCCCUCCAGCGAUAACCUGUGUUCGGCCUACACCAGUGAGGCGGCGCUCUCUGUGCCCAGCCUGUGUGCUCCCACCCCAGGCUGUGUAAAGUUCAGCUGGGGUUCGGAGCGUUUGGCCUUCAAGCCUGGCGGCAGGAGGACGCGCUUUCUGAGUACGCCCUGCUUGGCUCUUUGGAAGAUGGUGAAAAAAGUCUGCCCCUGCAACCAGCUCUGUAGGACGAACAGCACCAUCGCUGUGAGCGGCUCCGGAGGUUUGGGUCAGAGCCAGACGAGUUCUCAGUAUCUGCCCGCCAACAUGACGGCCCCCCACCAGAGGAAAGGAACCUUCACCGACGACCUCCACAAGCUGGUGGACAACUGGGCCCGAGACGCCAUGAACCUCUCACAGGGUAAGAGGAGUGCCAAACAGCUGCAGCAAGCUCCAGCGCAGGGACACAGCUACGAGGUCAUCCAGUCAGCGAGUCUGGGCAGGAAGUACUCGGCUCCCAGCCAACUGUGUCCCAGCAGCAUCGGAGGCUCUGCACACCUACCCACAAACCCCACCGCUACCUCUAUGGCCGGCCGCAAGGGCUCCCUGUGCCACCCCCCCGCCUCCUCCACUCCACCCCAACCCCAGCCUUCCCAGUUCAUCCACUACACCCCCAGCGCAGCAUACAGCGCGCAGUGGUCUGGUCCGGCUCAUGGCUUGUCGACCCAACACCAGGCUCCAGGACAGCCUGGGCCCCUGCUGGUCAGCACCUCCCAACCCCUGGGCCCCUACCCCACCCCACAGGGUCAGAUUCCCGGGCAGGGGCCAUUCCAGGCUUUCCAUUUGACCAACGCUCUGCAGAAAUCUGUCAGCAACCCAGGAGGACCCAAUCUGAGGACCACGUAGGGCUGGGGAUCAGGGCUGGAGUGAACUACGGCCCAACAGGUGUGAACUGGGCGAAGAGUGUUUUGGGCUGAAUCAGUCAGAGGGGGCGGAAGAACAAGGAGCACGGGAUUUAAAGUUGUCGGAACCUGACCUGUCAGGAGAAUGGAGAAAGAUACAAGAGAAGAAACCAGGAAAGAGAAUUUUCAAGUGCGACCAUCUCCCUUUCCCUCUGCUUCCAUCCAAGUGUGCGAGACACUGUCACAGACGCAGCUAAACAAUCUCCUUGCCUGCUGUGUUUGACUCGGGCUUGUGACAGCAGCCAAAUGCUCAAGGAUAAAGGAAAAGACUGAUGAGUGCAAUGUUAACAGGCCAAAGAGGUUGUGACAGGGUAUGGGACUGGUGUUAAAGACUGAGUGUGUGUGUGCCAUGUUGUGUAUGAGCUAUUAUUACUUAAUCACACUUGUUCCAGAACGUGCUUUAAAUUGAGUGAAUGAGCUCAUACAUGAUGGGGCGCACGUGUCCUAGUUUACGGUGGGAAGACACAACAUGCGGUUAAAGGGGAAGAAUGUGGUGACGAUGUAAACGUCAGCAGACAAAAGCUUUGGUAGGAAGAAAAAGAUGUUUAGAACUGUGUCUGUGAUUAUUAUCUUGUGUGUGAUCAGUCAGGUGUUUUCUUCAGUAUUCAGACAUUUUUCUUAACUGUCAAAAGCACAAAGAAUAUCGAGAACAAAUGGAAUUAAAGCAUUCAUAGAACAGUUGUAGCUCAGCACUUGGUGGAAUCAGCUUGAGGGAAGUCGUGACGGCUUCUCGUUCCUCCUCCGUUCUGGCAAAGCAUUCGAACAGAGCUAGAAAGGUGGAGGAUAGAUAGUAGGUGGAGAUGGAGAGAGCCACCUUCUUUACUGUUCCUCUGCUUACUUCAGGAAUGAUAAAUCGAUGAGAGCACUUAUUGGGACACGACGAUGCUCCUGCGCGCCCAACACCUCUUCACUGUCACGACUCCACCUCCUCCUUCUCCUCCAUCCCUCUCUCCGCCUCUCUGUUGCCAUUUGAAGCAAUAACAGCAGAAACCUUUUAAGAGGAAAGGAAAAAAAAACAUGAGAGAACUCAUUGUGAAAAAGUGGCCUUGUUAUCAGAAUAAUAUCACAGUCCCUGUACAGUUUAUUUUGUAGAAUUUGAUGAUUCCAUUUAGUUCUUUUAUUUUGGUUUUGUAUUGUUUUUUUGUCUGGUUUUGUUUGCUUCCUACCCCCAGCUGGCAGUCUGACACACACAGACACACACACACACACACACACAUCAGACAUUCUGUCAGACACACACACAUUCAUGCACAGACAGAUGUAAAUACACACGUUGGAGGCGUAGCAGCUGUUUAACGAACAUAGAUGUCUCAGUUCUUAGCGUCAUUAAGCUGGUUUCAACACUCGGGUUGAAAUAAUUGCAAUGUACAUUUAUUAUCAACAUUAUUGUUGUUAAUGAUUAUUAUUCUAUUUAAAAAGAAACAAACAAAAACAUGUUCUGUCGACGGACCUGUUAUACACGCACAUCGGUGCCCGAUGUGGAAACACUGUGAUUAUUGUUGUUGUUAGCGAAAGUGUUGUUGGACGACUUUAGUUUUAGGUUGAAAUGUCACAAAGUAAUAUUAAAAAAACGAGAGAACGGUUCGGGGUCCUUUCACUUUCAUUUCACUGCUUUCUGCAAAUUCUCAUCAAAAUGUGAAAAUAAAAACGACUCUUUUCAAUAAACGUCCACAAAUCCAUUCACUGAGGACUUCCUUCUAAACAAAUGCCUUAUACCAACAACGAAUCACCCGAGCUUCAGUUCAUCUUUACAACUGAUUGAAUUGAAAGCUGAAACUGACCUCAGAGCCUGAAUAUAAAGAAAAAAACAGAAUGAACGGCAGGAUAGUUGGUAUGUAGAUUUUUAAAAAAGUAAUGCUAGCUAUUUUUUUCUUAAUACAGUACUUAUACAGUAUAUCAGACACUUUAAAUAGCCCUCCUCUUCCCUUCCUCCCCUGGUUUUGUUAGAUGAAUGUGAAUGUAUAAACCAAUGGUGUCCAUUUUAAUGUACUUGAAAAGAAAAAGUCUGUCUUUUAUUUUUUUUGCUCUGUCUCUUCCCCCCCCUCCAAGCCUCUGGUGAAUACUAGAGGUAUUUACUAGUGCCUUGCCUCCUUCCUGUUGCUUCUUUGUUGGGGUGGGUGAAGGAUUUGGGUUGACGUGGGCGCAGCGUGCGUGGGGAGUUGCGGGUUGUCACUGUGACAUCGGCGGUGAUUGUUGGACCUGGUUGAUGGAGCUGGAAUGAGCUGCUGUUGUCAGCUCAACAGGUUGUGGUUAAUUCUCUGUGUCCUUCAAAAUGAUACAAUUUUAAGAAAGGAGGAAGCUGAAUUGAAGACCUUGAUAUCAGCGUUGUUUCUUUCAUUGCUGUGCUUUGCUCUUAUGCGCACGAGGCCCGGCUGUGUCUUCAGGCCCAGUUACACCACCAAGAAAAGAUGGAGAGAACGUGAUACUUUAUUGGUGCCAUUUUGUUUUUUCAGGGUUUUAAUUGUAAAUAUGAGGAAGGGGGUUCCGUUUUAAGGAGAUUGGAGUUUUUGAAGAUUGUAUUUGAAGCUUGGACCACUCUGUACUUUAGAGGCACUGGCCCUGGUGCAGCAGAAAGUUCAGUCAGAAGACGAUGCAUUGACACAGUGAUCGAAAGAUCAAUUUCUCUUUAAUCCCGACUUAUCUCUGGUGUCAUACGUGUUUUAUACCAAAACAUAAAUCGUAUUUCUUUCUUACUGCUUUGUGAAUUUGGCUGAUAACAAGACAAUCUAGAUGAAAAUACUAAUUUGGAAUAAAGUCUCAAAGUUUAGCUUUUACUCUACAGUCAGUUGAAGCGGGUUUAAUUGGUUCCUGAUUUCGUGGCCUCUGAAUGUAAAAGAAAAAGCAUCUCCUUCUGGAUUUUGUGCACAAUUUAAUUAUUUUCUAAUGAGUGAGAAGCAGUGCAACUUUAAAUAUUAAAACUCUGACAUAGUAACAAACCAAAUCUGCUUCAUCAGGACUGUGUCUGUGGUUUGAUCAGAUCCUGCUCCAUGAGGAUUAGACAUAAAGUAAACACAAAGAUCUCUAUUUUCAUGUAUGAACACAUCACUCUUGUUUGCCUAAAUAUGUAAACUCACCAGGAAAGAUGUCGGAUGUCUUGUCUUCUGUAAUCUAAAAGCAUUUAUGAGGCCGGUAGCGCACUGCUGUCUGCUUCCCCAUCUGAGAGGUGCUGCUGCUGCUGUGCAAAGAGAGCAAAGAGUCCGAGAAAGGUAUGAACAUCCUCUCCUCCACUCCUGUUCCCACUGUGUUUGUGAAGCUGCACCAAUCACGCUUAAACUAAAUGUGUGGUGGUGGUGUUAGAGUGAAUGUGAGCACAGUGGUAGUCAUGAUGGAAGCAAUGGGGGUUUCAGAUUCUAGGCCUUUGACACCCUGUUCUGCUUUACCUUCAUUUAUCAGAAAAAAUCAAAACAUAUCUGGUACAAACUUUAAUAUUCACAUAAAAAAGACCUUGCAUCUUUUAUUUGGUUUUUCGUUGGGAAGGUUUUGUUCUGGAUUCACGUUAACACAUUACAAAAAGGUCACUUUGUGAAGUCUCUACAAAAACGACAACAUUGCUUCUGCCUGUUUGUUUUUUGUGACAUUUUCCCGUGAACGUUAAUGCAAAAUUUUUUACUACUUAGCAAGUUUGGUUGAAGCUGUGAAUAAUAAUUGAGCCACUUUGCUUUAGUUCCGGUUCAGAGCGUUCUGUCAAAUCCUUAAAUGACGCCAUCGACUCAGUGCCAUUUGACGUGUUGUCAGUGGAGUGGAACCAUCAGAAGUGAAGAAAUUUAAAAAAAGAACAUUUGAGUGUAAUAUUUACCUGCUGUUACUCACUGGAGCUGUUUUGGUUGGAGUUUCACUUUGCAACCGCUCGAGCCUCAAAUGAUUUCCACAGUAGAGGUGUGAUCAUAUUUUUGCUGUGUCUCUACUACACAAAACUACGAAAAGGAAUGCCCUGUGUGCAAUGGCCGUAAUGCAAUAUCCUGUAAAGUGACUGUGUGUUGUCGUGCUGGGAGAGAGCUCUUACUGGGAAAGGUUUGGGAGUUCUCCAGCGCUGGCGACUCUUAUUGUGAAAUUUACUUUAAGGUUUAAAUUCUGGUGACAAAGAUAAAGUGCAGCAAUAGUUGUUUUAACUCGCUCACAUUAGAGAUUUAGUGUGUUGGUGUUUUAACAGGACUCGCUUUCCCUUUAUGCUUUUUAUUGUAAAAGUGCCCACAUGUUAAAAUCACAUAAUGCCUUCUCAUGUACCAACAGAUCAACACACACACACACAUAUUCUCACACACACACUCACACACACUCAUCUCCUCACUGUUUCCUGUAGCUCUCUCCUGUGGAAUGACAUUGAGUCUCGAGUUCUUCUCGACUGUUACUGAAAAACUGUUCUCCCCUUUUUCUCUAAUUCAGUUUAUCUGCAGUUUUAACGUCUCUAGCAGCGAUUAACUUAAUUGAGUGGUUUCAUUUUUUUCUGUAUCAUGUUUGACAUUGUACAACAGUGGUUGAAUUACAAAAAACACACGGAUGAGAAGAAAAACAAGA